UUCUUGCCUCCGUGUUUGAAACUGUUCGGUGCCCAUUGUGUAAACAAGGACAUGCUGUUUUGGAAGAAGAGAAAAUGGGCCUAGCAUCUCUUCUUAUUUUAAAGUGCUCGUCAUGGAAGUGUAAAUUUGAGAAGCUGUUUUACACAUUUAACAAAGUGGUCAACAGCCAGGCAUCCGAAAUACAAAAGCUCGGACUCCAGCAGCAAUAUAAUAACGACCAUGGCACGUACCAAUACCUUAGACAAAUCAUGGCACUGGCAUUCCUUCCCGAGGAUGAAAUCGAGCCGAUGUUCAAACAUCUGAAAGCUCAGGCAGCAACAGACCAACUAAGGCAAAUUGUAGAGUACGUGUCCCAAACGUGGAUCCACAACCAAACCUGGCCCCCAUCUUCAUGGAGCGUCUGCAUGAUGGCCAGAAGUAACAAUGACAUAGAAGGGUGGCAUCAUGGGCUUCACCACAGUGCCUCAGGAAAGUGGCAUAUGCCAUUCUACAUGCUGCUUGACCUCCUCCAUCAAGAGGCCCGCCUUACAGCAUUAUGCAUUCAUCUAGUUUCCGAGAAAAAACUUAAAAGGAUCCAAAGGGCAAAGUAUCGUUCUCUCCAAGCCAAAGUUUUCGCUCUCUGGGACGAUUUUCAUCACCAAAGAAAAAACGCACAGCAGCUUUUAAGGGAAUGCGCCCGUCUUAAUGGACCGUCCAGACAAUACACUCAGUGCUAA